AUGCAGGACCUCUCCAUCUCAGGUGGGAUCCCCACUGGCCCUUCUGGCAACCAAAAUCGAUUCGGCCAUGCCUCCAAGCCGUCCAACAGCGACACCGGCUUCUCCCAUGGUGCCUUCGCUGGCAAUUCGUUCACCGGCCCGUCCUCUGGGUUCGCUGACCGACGCCGCGGCAACAUUCCUUCCAUCAACACUCAGCCCAUGAACCCGCAGAUCAACACUCAGGUCAACACCCACCAGAUGGGCCAGCACGCACACCAGAACGGCGCCGACAUCAUGACCCCCGGCACCGCCUUUGAUAUGCAGUUCACGCCCCUGCUGCCUUCGCAGCUGCUCCUUGGCAGCCCCUUCCAGCCUGGAAGUCCGGGUGCCUUUGCCAGUCCUCAGUUCCAGAACUUGUCUGCUUUCCAGCAGCACAAUGGCCAGCAGCAGCAGAAUGGCAUGGGCAGUCAUAUGCAACAAAACAUGUCUUCUCAGGCUUAUCAGUCCAUCGUCUCGCCUUCCACUUAUGGCGCGCCCCAGUUCUACCAGCCUCAAUCCCCAACUGGCACGUAUAACAACAUGAACGGCCAGAUGCAGAUGCAGCCCCAGUCGCCGACCAUGGGUUCUGGCAUGAUCACGGGGACCAGCCGAACUGUCUAUCUCGGCAAUAUUCCUCCUGACACCUCAGCCGAGGAGAUCCUCGGCCAUGUGAGAAGUGGCCAGAUCGAGUCGGUUCGACUCCUCCCUGACAAGAACUGUGCUUUUAUCUCUUUCCUCGACGCCAAUGCUGCAACACACUUCCACUCGGAUGCCAUCUUGAAAAAGCUCUGCAUCAAGGGACAGGAUAUCAAGAUUGGUUGGGGCAAGCCUUCUCAGGUUCCCACUUCGGUGGCCCUUGCUGUGCAGCAGUCUGGCGCAUCCCGAAAUGUCUACCUCGGCAAUCUGCCAGAUGAUAUUGCCGAUGAGGAGCUGCGCGAGGACUUGGGGAAAUUCGGGCCAAUUGACACCAUCAAGCUCGUCCGGGAGAAGAACAUCGCUUUUGUUCACUUCCUCUCGGUUGCCAAUGCCAUGAAGGCGGUUCAGCAGUUGCCGCAGGAGCCCAAGUGGCAAUCGCCUCGCCGUGUGUACUACGGCAAGGACCGAUGCGCCUACGUCUCCAAGACCCAGCAGCAGAAUGCGGCUCAGUAUCUGGGUAUUGCUCCUGGGUAUGCUCACAUGUUGACUGGACAGGAUCGCGACGUGAUUUCUAGCGCCCUGGCUCAGCAAUCUGUGGCGGCGGCGGCGGUUGCUACCACAGCUGGUGGCAUCAACAACCUCGGCAACCGGACCAUCUACUUGGGAAACAUCCACCCAGAGACCACGAUCGAGGAGAUCUGCAACGUGGUACGAGGAGGUCUGCUUCACCACAUUCGAUAUAUUCCCGACAAGCACAUUUGCUUCGUCACCUUCAUUGACCCAACUGCGGCUGCCUCGUUCUACGCUUUGAGCAACUUGCAGGGCUUGAUGAUUCACAAUCGUCGCUUGAAGAUUGGUUGGGGAAAGCACUCUGGGGCUCUUCCACCAGCGAUUGCUUUGGCUGUUAGUGGCGGUGCUUCUCGUAAUGUCUACAUCGGCAACCUGGAUGAGACCUGGACCGAGGAGAGACUGCGACAGGACUUUUCCGAAUUUGGUGAAAUUGAGCUUGUCAACACGCUGCGCGAGAAGAGCUGUGCUUUUGUAAACUUCACAAACAUUGCAAACGCCAUCAAGGCCAUUGAAGCGAUUCGCAGCAAAGAGGAGUACAGGAAGUUCAAGGUGAACUUUGGCAAGGACCGAUGCGGAAACCAGCCCCGACAACUUCAGCAGCAAGCCCAGUCGCCUCGUGGAGAGGGAGUGCCCUCGCCUCCCCCAGUCGGUAGUGGAAGCGGCAACUCUCCCACGAACCCGACCUCGCCACAAUCUGCCAACAGCACCAACCUGUUCGCCAAUGGCAACAACCCACUUAGCGUAUACCUGAGUCAGGUAUCCCAACAGGCUCAUCAACAGCAGCACCAACAACACCAGAUGUUGGCUAACCAGCAAGCCGCGCUGUUCGGUACGGUUCAAUCUCCCAACGAUCUGACACUGGAGGUCCCACAGCAAGGCCACGUCUUAGGGCAUGGUCAGUCAGCCAGCAUCUCGAACGGGUAUGCCAUGAACGGGCCCGUCUCUGGUGCAACUACUAUUGGUGGUCUUCUUGCUCCGGCGCGUGGACAGCACAGCCGUGCAGUAAGCCUUCCUGCCUUCGCCCCUGGAUUUGAGAAUGGCGACAGCAACAGCUCCGUCAGCAUGCUCGGGGGUAUCAACGAAGGAGAGCGCAGAGGACACCAAUAUCAAUCGAGCUUCGGCGGUAUUGGCUCCGGUUUCGGCCUUGCCAUUCAGGGCGGGCUCAACGGAUGGGUAGAAGAGGAGGUGGCCAAUUAA